AUGGCAUCUAGCUUAGCAACUGCCACAAUAAUGGAAGCGAGAUCCACUCGUAUGAUGACAGAUUCUGCUAAGGAAUUGGAUACAGAGAAGCUUAUCAAUUUGUUCUCCUUCUCUACUGGAGUUUCAACAACAAUGCUCAAAAAACGUGAAUCCUCAGCACGCGCGACUUUCAAAACCGCUCCAGAUUGUUCUCUUACCGGUGAAUUCAGUUUUAGACAACUUUCGAAUGCCACUCGUAUUAAUGGACAAAUCAAUUCCGGAUUCAGUAAUCCAGACCCUUCCAUCUACAAAUUCGAAAUUCAUCCUACAAAAAAAGAUCCAUCUACCCCGAUCAAGGUUUUGAACCCGAAAUUCACAAUUAACGUACCACCAGGUGGAAGUUCUCCUAUUCAAUUGACUGAAUCAGACAUUGCUCUUCAAUCGGGUCCUGGUGUGAAGAAUGUUCUCAACGCUUGGCUUAGAAUUUUGAAUCGUAGUGGUUUGUUGUGCAGCGCUCGAAUUGUUCCUGCGUAA